AUGGCCAAGCGUUCACGCGACUCGUCAAUUUGCACUUCUGACGGAGGAGCCUCCGGGGAAGAAGAUUUCGAAUCACCGCGUCCCGCAAAGCUCAAUAUGACCGAGACCUCUCCUCCAAGGGUUGCCAUACAGUGCUCCCUUCCGCCCCAUCGAGACGUCCUUGACUUUGUUUCUGUUGAAGACUUCGAGCUUCAUUAUGCCCAACAUCAUGCGAAUCGAUGUUCUGCAUGCGGCAAAAACUUCCCUACUACCCACCUCCUAGCCUUACAUAUCGAUGAGAACCACAACACGUUUCGUGAAACCCUGCAAGCCAAAGGUGAGAAAACAUUUGCCUGCUUUGUGGAAGAUUGUGACAGGCUGUGUUCUACGCCACAAAAGAGACGGUUACAUCUGAUAGACAAGCAUUCUUUCCCCAAGAUCUACAAUUUUCGAGUCGUCGAUACUGGCAUUGACAAGUCAACUUCCAUGCUUCAAGAAAGCCGUCGUCGAAGGGUGUCUAUUACUGCCGAUCAAGCUGCCUCAGACAGACAUCCAAGACGAGUGUCUCGAACAGAACUGAAAUCUAAUCCGCAGGUCCCUGUCACUGUCCCACCGAAAGCAAGGAAUGAAGAGUCGUCCGACCGAGCUCAAAGGGAAGUUGAAAAUACCAAUCUCAAAUCCAGCAAGACUGUCUCGGAUAAUACCAUGAAUAGUCUGGAGGUAUCCAUGUCAGCUUUACAAUUUGUACCACCUAGCGUUGCAAAUAAGCACCGCAACAGACAAAAAUUAGGGUGA